UUCUAUGAUUCUAUGAUUCUAUGAUUCUAUGAUCAGCUCCUCCACCACCAGUGUCAGAAAGUUAUCAUCAAUACAUUGCAGGAACCACCUGGACCUUGUGUGCCUGGCUGUGUUACUUUGCCAACAGGUAUCAGGAUGGUUGAAGUCCCCCAUAAGUACCAGUGCUGAGAAUCACAAGACUACUUCCAGCUGUUUGUAAAAGGCCUCGUUCACUUCCUCCUCCUGAUCAGGUGGCCUGUAGCAUGCACCCAAAAGAGUGUCGCCUAUGUUAGCCUGCCCCUUAAUUCUUACCCACAAGCUAUCCAUUGUUAAUCAUCUCCCCCCACAGUGGAGCUCAAUACAUUCUAGCUGCUCUCUCUCAUAAAGUGCAAUUCUAUCACCUCACCUCAUCUUGCCAUCCACAACAGCAUGGCAGUCGUGUGAGCUCUCCCACCAUGUCUCUGUGAUUGCAAUGAGAUCACAUCCCUACAAGCACACACGGAUCACUUGUUCUUCCUGUUUAUUCCCCAUGCAGCAUGCAAUGCUAUAUAGGCACCGUAGGGAAGCAGAGGGUGCAGGUAUCUCUAGAGGGGCACAGGAAGAUUUAAGCUGGGCUCCUGGCAAUGUUAUCUUCUCUGACGAGUCCACACAAGAUCCUACUGGACAGCUGGGAGGUUUUUCUCCACCGUUUACUAAAAAGACAGCAUUCCCAGGCCCUUCUCUGUCACAAGGAACUCCAUCCCCUUCCUUCAUCAAAUCUACUUUAACGUUCUGGUCAUCAGUCCAGCCAGCUUGCUCCUCAGAACACUUUGGCCCCAGCUGCUCAGUCGCAUUCUGUCUUACACCCACACACCUGGUUUCUCAAAGGCAUGCCCAAGAUCAUGGUACACAAACCUCGAUCCCAACACCAUCCUCACAGCCAAUAAUCUACCUCUAAUUUACCUCCUCUAUUCUCCUCCUUCCUUCUGGGACCCCGCCACCAGUCAGGAGGACAGAGGAGAACACUCCUAGCAUUUCCGAGCCCUUUAGCGUCUUUCCAAGGGACACAAAGUCCCUUUCUGAUGUUCUGCCAUUUCCUCGUGGCAGCCUCCCACGACCCUACUUAAAUGACAACAUGCAGAUGAUGUUUGAUCACAUGCAGUGGAGUCUCCUUAACAUCUCUGACACGUGCCCCUGGAAGACAGCAAAUCUCUCUGAAGAGAUUAUCUGGGCAGCAGAUGGGGCCCCAGUACCGCCCAGCAUAGAGUCCCCAGUCACUAAGACAAUGCCGGGCAACGGUGCCCGGCAGCUGCUCCCCGGCCAGGGCACUCCCUCAUCUGCUCAGGUGAUUCCCUGCUUCAGUGUGGAAUGUGUCCACCCUGGAGCCAAGUUCCUCACAAAAACGAGCUGUGUUUUGGGGCCUGCAAGGUUGCCCUGCAUGCGGUCUGCUCCCCAGCCCAGGGCACAUCAUUCUCUGUGAGGUGGCACUCCUCAGUGUGAUGUCACAAUUGCUGUCACUUUUGCCCGCGGCAGCGGUGGGAGCGGUGGCUCAGUCCGCUUGUGGGACGCGCAGGAAGUGAACCCAGAGAGAGUGUUGUGUCUAUCUGGAAACAUCCUGCUGUGAUGGAGCGGCUGAGAGCCCUUCGAGGUCUCUUUGCCUGUGUGGGCUGCAUGCCCAGACGUACACGUCGCAGGGAGAGAGGCAGGGUGGAAAGCCCUGUCCUUGCCUCUGCUGUGACUUUACUGCUGCAGCGCCUGCAAGACCAGGAGGGUGACCGAGCGCAGGCGUACUGCGAGCUGGAGCACGUCCUGUGUGAAGAUGACAGCCGCCCGCCAUGUGGAGUGGUGAACCGGCUGCUGGCAGAGGUGUCCCAGGACCUGACAGCAGCCCAGGGCGUGAUGGACAGCGUGAGAACGGCUGCCAGCAAUGUCCUGGUGGCUCUGGCCCGGACACACUUCUCCUUGGUGAUGGCCGAGCUCCAGGGCCACCUGAAGGCCACACAGGAGAUGUCCAAGGAGUUUGUGCUUGUCACCCUGAGCAAACUCUUCAGCAGCUAUGCUCCACAGUGCAUCUCCUUCAUGUGGCUAACGCUGGCUGGCCUGCGUAGUGUGGUGGGCCAGGUGAGGAGCGGCCGGACCCUGCGCAUUGCUUGUGCUGUUGUGAAACAAUGGUUGGAAGGAGUCAAGGUUCACUUGUGCUCUGGAAAGCAAUGCCCCUGGCCUGUUAUGGAGAAAGAGCAGAUUUAUGAGAAACUUUACCAGCUCUUCUGCUCUGUCCUGAGCAACUGGCAGGACUGCAAGGAGGAAAAGGACAAACAGGCCGUCCUCGAGGCCGUGGCUUCCAUGAUGGCUGUCCUCCUGCAAGAGGAACUGCACCGAAAGCACAUCUGGGAACAGAUCCUUUGGCUUGUGCACCAGUAUCAGGAGGUCCAAGACACCUGCAGGGGGACCAAGAGCCUCACUAUCUUCCUGGAGGCCUUAGAGGGAGCUCAGUCCGUUAUCCCAGAGGACAAGUUUCUGGCCAUCACCAGAGUCGUGUUCUACCAGCUCUCUGAUGACACCAAACAGCACAGCGAGGCUGACAGAGCAGAGCUGACCCACUGCAUCCUGCUGCAGGCCCGAAUCUGCCCAGAGGAGACAGUCCUGUUUCUGCAGUCGCAGCUGGGUGGUCAGAGGAAGGACAGUUGUGUGGCAGCCCUGGGUCUGCUCGGUGCUCUGGCUCGCUCUGACGAGCCCGCAAUCACAGAGAAGCUGCCCCAGAUUGUGGAGGCUGUGCAGUGUCUGUGCAGUGAUCCCAGGACCAAGGUGAGGAGGGCCAUUCUGCACUUCAUGAAGGAUCUGCUCAAUGCUGAUGCCUGGAGCUGCUCAGCCUGGGAUGUGGUGGGUCACAUCUUCAAUGAGUUCAGCUGCACCACAGGAAGAAGGGCAGCCGGAGAUGUUUCUGCCCAGGAAGCCCAGGAAGAAGGAGCACUCCAAGAGUUGUGCAUGGACAUCCUGGGGUCUCUGGAUGUCUCCGUGAGAGGGAUGACCAAACUCCUGUGGCCACGGCUGCUGCUGUACGUGGUGCCAGCUGAGUACACCGGCAUGCUAAUCCCAGUCUCCCGCUGCAUCCGAGCCCUGGCUGAGAGAGGGGACCUGACAGUGCAGGAGAUAGAAGAACUGGAUCCCCAUUUUGUCAGCUCCAUGUUUCAAGGCCCACUGCUGACUCCACAUAUACUGCUGGCACGCCUGUUGGUGGUGGCAGGGAGCCCUGUUGCAGGCAGUGAACUCCAAGCUGCUGCCUUGCUUCUCAUGCAAAACCUCCACAGCAGGAUCCACAGAGCUGUGGGGGCCAUGUGGGCCGCUGAAAUCCCCGUGCUGCUGCAGUGCCUCAAAGGGAAAGAUGAGAGCUUCAUGGACUCUACAGAGUGGGAGCAUCGUCUGCUAAAGUUCCUGAGGGAGUCGCUGGACACCAUGGAGGACGAGGCCUGGACCAAGGCCCUGAGCUGCGAGCUAAGCCGGCAGCUGAGCAGUUCUCCCAGCAGCUCUGGAGAAAAGUCUUUCCUGUACAAGGCUCUGGGCACAGUUCUGGGAGCUUGUAAGGAAGUCCUCUACGUCCAAGAGAAGCUGCUGCAGCACCUGGAGGGAGCAAAUGCAGAGGAGCCAUCUGAGGCCCAGGGAAUGAUCUCUCUUGUCAGCCAUGCUGCUGAGAGCAACUUCCACAUAGUCCUGGACACACUCACCAUGUUUGCGUCCAGGCUGUGCAAAGGCCGGAAUAGUAGGAUUUCCAGGCGCAAGAAGAUGGAGCUGAACAGCACGAGAGCUCACGCCACACGCAGCGCUCUCAUCCUCGCCCAUGGCAGCUUGGCACUGCAAGCCUCCAAGGAACAGCUGCUUGCCCGCCUGGAGGGAGACAUUGUGGGCAACAUCCUGCUGCUGUACAGCUGCAGCUGUCGGGACUUGCAGAACAAGCUCGCGCUGGUGCAGAGCAUCACUGACUUCAGCUCUGCCUUCCAUGCUGUGGGUGGCUCCGCCUUCUUUAACCCCUUUUUGAAGAGCAAGCUGCUGGAGAUCCUGAUGGACUUGCUGAAGAAGUAUUACUUGGGCACCCGUGUAUCCCCAGUGCCCCUCAAGGUAGUUCUGGCCCUGGAGCAGCUGAGCAAGCUGAAGCCUUCAUUAGGAAGCAAGGACAUGUGUGAAAUGCUGACUCUGUGCUGCAAGAAUAUUGUGAUGCACCCUUCAGCGAGGAUGAUGCUGAAGAUCAAGAAGUUACAGCAAGCAGCACAGUACCUGCAGCUUCAGCAAACCUCAUUGAAAGCUCUGGGCCGGCUCAUGGCGGUCCUGCUUGAGACAGGGACCACCCGUGGAUUCUUCGAGAACAUAGUCCAUGUCCUGCAAAAAUCAAUGACAUCAGACAACAUGUGGGAGCGCAAGAGAGCCCUGCAGACCUGCUCCCAGCUGCUGGCUGCUUGUGAAGAACUUCAAGGGGGAGAUGCCUGCAAGCACUUUGGCUCCUUGGUGGGAUUUCUGGCACCUCUGACAUGUGAUCCCAUGCCCACAUCCCGCCAGUUGGCUGCCACCUGCCUGAGCUCCCUUCUCCGAAUCCAAGCCAAGGCAGCCAACAGAGUCAUCAAACUGGGAGACAUCGGGAGCCUGUGUGAGGGGCUGAAUGACAGCAGCACCAUUGCUCAGCUCCGGACCUUGUCCAAAAUUGCAAGGAUGGUGUGCAGAAACUUCCCCCUGGAACAAACUGUCGACUUCAUGAUGGCCAUCGAGGAUACCUUCCGGAAAGGCAGAGGAAUGCGCGUGCGUGCAGCUGGGAAGUGGAUGAUCACCCUUCUGCUGAUGUACGGGAAGGACAUCCAUUGGGACGCGGCACUGAUUGUCUACAUCCUGCGCAGCUGCAUGUCAUCCAUGAAGCAGAGCACGUUCAUGCCCUUCCUUUGCCAGGCAAUGGUCAUCCUCACCCGCUGCCAUGCAGAGGUCACAAUUGACAACUUCUUCCGGCUGCUUGAGCCAACAGACAGCGAGACGUGGAGGAGAAUAAGAGAGUUUUAUCUUCGAGAGUGGAGACGGGAGAAGAAUGAAAAGAAACGCUGA